AUUCUAUCGUUGCCGCUAGCUCCAACCAUACCAGCUCACGCACACGACAGCAUCACAGCAAGAAGAUCAUUGUUGAUACCGGAACUCUUAGCAGGCGGCAGGCUUAUAAAACGUCGUCUUCACCACUCACCACGCUUCUAAGUUUCCUCCGCCAUUUUCUUUCUCGUCUGUUGCGCUGCGUGGCAAGAGACAGCCAAGGGAGGAUGGGGAACUGCGGGUUGAAGCCGAAGGCGCUUGGCGACGACGACGCUCCCCCGCCUGCCGAGCCGCCGACGGCACCGGCGACCGGCGCGGAACAGGAGGCGGCGCUGCCGGCGGUGGUGGAAGAGGCACAGGUACCUGCGGAGGAAGCUAGCCGGGACGUCGUGGUCGGGCAACAGAGUGAGGAGGGUACCAGCGCAGCAGCUGAAACGAAAGAACAGGAAGAACCGAAGGAAACAGAGGGCACGGAGCCCCCGAAGGAGAAGGAAACGGUGGCGGAGGAGGCCCCCUCCGCCGGCGAACUUCCGACGUCCACGCCGGCCAGCGUCGACUGAUAUCAAGUUUUGAAAUGAAGGUUUUGUUGUAACGUGGUCCGCUUCAAUUACUUUGGGUGUACAAUUUUCAGAGUUUGUUUUGGGACGAACAGUAGUUCUGGAGCUGCAUUGUGGCAGCUUUUCUUUUUGCGCUUCCCGGCUUUUGGUGUAUACAUACAGUCGCUUCAUUUUCGUUCUGGAUUGUUGGCAGGAUGGAAUGGAAUUAUGAAUUGUCCUUCGAUUUUA